UUCCUGGAUAGGAACCCGCUAGCAUUUCAUGCCAUCAUGAAUUAUUACCGCACAGACAGGCUAGAGCCACCGCACGGGAUCAGCGAACAAUCUUGGCAAGAAGAGCUUGAUUUCUACAACAUCUCCAUCCCCGUUGAUAAGUUGACUGAGAAAGAAGCAGAGUUGAAGGUAGAGGAUUUGUAUCAUGGAUACCGGAAGACUUUGUGGCUCUUCUUGGAGAAUCCAGAAUCUUCAAAAUGGGCAAGAAUGUAUAGUUUGGUCUCUUUGUCAGUCGUUUUACUUGCAUCUGUCAACUUCAUUGUCGAUAGCCUGCCUGAGUUACGUGAAGUCGGCUCGGCCACAUCAGAUUACUGGAACAAUGUGGUGUCUAGUGUGGAGGCAUUUUGCAUUAUUUUCUCUACUGUCGAAGUUGCUGCUAGGUUCGCCAACUCCAUGCAGAAAUCUUCGUUUUUCAAAGAAUCACUGAACAUCAUUGAUGUUGCAUCUGUGCUGCCUUGGUACAUUGAUCUAAUUCUGUUGAGCUCGAACUUCAGCGGCCUGGUGGUGCUUCGAGUUGUCAGGCUGAUCAAAAUCUUCAGGAUCUUCAGGAUUGGUCGUUACAGCGAAGGUCUGCGCAUUCUCAUCUACACAAUCCAUCAGAGCAAGUCGGAGCUCAGCGUUCUGUUCCUCAUGCUUGCGAUCGGGGUUGUUCUCUAUGGCAGCAUCCUACACCUCACCGAAUUCUCGGAGUCUCGAAGGAACUUCGAGAGCAUCCCCAAGUCAAUGUGGUGGGCCGUGGUCACCCUCACGACAGUCGGGUACGGAGAUGUUGUGCCGGAGACUGGAGUGGGAAAGUUCUUCGCGUCUUGCUGUGUCGUCACUGGCGUCCUGAUGCUGUCGGGGCCCAUCUCAGUCUUGUCGACUACCUUCGGGCAUCGGUACGACGAGAUGAGAAAGUUCAGGAAGAAGAAGCAGGAGCUGGAGUCCGAGAAG